AUGAAGCUACAGAAUCUCGCUUUUCUGGUGCAGGCUCUCAGCACCGGCACUGUUUAUGCGCAGAUACCCUCUGGAAUGCCUACAGGACUCCUUCCGUCACUCGUGACAAGAACACAAAACACUUCUGCCGCAAGUCCAUCUACGACAGCUUGCCCAGGCAACACGCCGAACAACAGAGCCGCCUGGUGCAACUAUAGUAUUGACACCGACUACGAGAAUGUUGUUCCUGACACUGGCGAGACUCGCGAAUAUUGGUUCGAUGUUGACGAGGUCACCAUCGCCCCCGAUGGAUAUCCACGCCCGGUCAUGGCUGUGAAUGGAACAAUCCCGGGGCCCACGCUCUUUGCAAACUGGGGCGACAAUGUCGUCGUCCAUGUCACAAACCAUUUAGAACAAGCGCGAAAUGGAUCCAGCAUUCAUUGGCACGGUAUGCGACAGAAUUACACCAACCAGAACGAUGGUGUUGUCUCUAUUACACAGUGUCCCCUUACUCCUGGCCAGACCAUGACAUAUAGGUGGCGAGCUGUUCAGUAUGGCUCUUCUUGGUAUCACUCUCAUAUCGGGUUGCAAGCCUGGGAGGGUGUGUUUGGUGGCAUCGUCAUCAAUGGGCCGGCCACUGCAAAUUAUGACAUCGACAAGGGAUCUCUGUUCCUCAACGACUGGACACAUGCAACAGUUGAUCAGUGGUUUGACUUCGAACGGAACUCUAAACAUGGCCCAAUAACACUAGAUAACGGUUUGAUUAAUGGAACGAAUGUACUCGGAACUGGCGCAGAUACAACCAGGGGUUCGCGCUUCACUAUGAAGGUGGAUCAGGGUACCUCCUACCGGCUGCGGCUUGUCAACGCAGCCAUUGACACGCAUUGGAGUUUCAUGAUUGAUAAUCACAAUUUGACUGUUAUCGCAAUGGAUCUUGUGCCUAUUAAACCAUUCACCACGAACAUUGUGUAUAUUGGAAUGGGCCAACGUUACGAUAUCAUCGUGGAAGCAAACCAAGCUUCCGUAGCUGAAAACUUUUGGAUUCGAGCCGUACCAGGAAGUGGAUGCUCAUCGAAUUACCAGGAUAGCAACAUCCUAGGCAUAAUGUACUACGGCAGUGCCCCUCAGGGUGCAAACACUGUUGGAUACACGCCGGACCAAGACUGCCCAGAUAUGCCCAUGACCGACUUAGUUCCGUAUCUUGCAAAAGAUGUAGCGGCACCAGUCUGGGAUAAAUCCGAGAAUGUGACGAUCAGCGCCGCGACCGGAAUUUUCCGCUGGGAACUAAACAGCACUUCGAUGAAGGUCCUGUGGGAGAACCCGACACUCAAACAAGUAUACAACAACCAGAUGAACUUUACCAACUCAAGCGGCGUCAUUGAACUGCCGUUCAAGGAUGAAUGGAUAUACCUCAUGAUCAACACCGCUCGCGCCAUCACGCAUCCAAUCCAUCUACACGGGCAUGAUUUCUCUAUUUUGGCACAAGGGAUAAAUCCUUGGAAUGGAUCGAUGGUGACGAAGAAUCCGCCUCGUCGAGAUACAGCUAUGUUGCCUAGUAAUGGAUAUCUCCUUCUCGCCUGGCAGACUAACAAUCCCGGUGCGUGGCUCAUGCAUUGUCAUAUUGGGUGGCAUAUUGAGGAAGGAUUUGCGUUGCAGUUUAUUGAGCGAUAUGAUGAUAUCAAGCCUAUGAUUGAUUACACUGAGCUUCAGAAUGUUUGUGGGCCAUGGGAUGCAUAUGAUAAGAGUGCCAACGUCGUGCAAGACGACUCAGGUGUAUAG